GCCUCAACAAACCCCCUCCUCUCCUCUCUCCUCUCUCCUCCUACAGGAGAUGUUGCUGUCUGUUGGAUGACAGCAGAGACCAGAGGACCCAAACAAGUGCAGCUCUUUAUAGAAAGUAGUAACAGGCUAAUCUCUCUUAAAGUAGGUGACUUAUUGCUCCGCGCUUAGUGGAAGUGCUUCAACCAGCGACGGUUCGCUCAUUUUUUUUUAAGCCACGAAGCUUAACGACGGACGGACGGUUAAAGCUAACGGCUCUAACGGCUGAACUCUCUUUUCUCCUCUCCAACGGUUAACUAACAGUCUCCUAACGUCUACCUGGAUGCGAGAUGACCGACUCGGUAGUGGACAGCAAGGCGGAGGUGAAACAAGCCACGAAAUAUGUCAAAGAGACGGAAAACGUCGCGGAGAAAUACUCGGCGAUGACUGUCAGCAAGAACAGCAGCGAUGUGAACAUGAACGUUGGGGAAAUUCCUUCCGCAGCGUUCACCGCAGUCCCCACACUGAAAUCCGUCAAGAAGAUCCAGUUUGCGAACACUGAGGACAAACAAGAGUUCAGCAAGUACCCUACCAAGGCUGGCCGCCGCUCCCUCUCACGGUCCAUCUCGCAGUCCUCCACAGACAGCUACAGCUCAGCUGCGUCCUACACCGACAGCUCCGAUGAUGAAACCUCCCCCCGGGACAAAGCCCAGGUCAACACCCACGGCAGCAGCGACUUCUGCGUCAAGAACGUCAAGCAGGCCGAAUUCGGCCGCCGGGAAAUUGAAAUCGCAGAGCAAGACAUGUCUGCUCUGAUCUCCUUGAGAAAGAGAGCCCAGGGGGAGAAGCCGCUGGCUGGAGCAAAGAUAGUCGGCUGCACCCACAUCACUGCUCAGACUGCAGUCCUGAUCGAGACUCUGGUAGCCCUCGGGGCUCAGUGUCGCUGGACUGCCUGCAACAUCUACUCCACUCAGAAUGAGGUGGCCGCUGCUCUCGCUGAAACGGGGGUCCCUGUGUUUGCAUGGAAGGGUGAGUCAGAGGACGACUUCUGGUGGUGCAUCGAUCGCUGUGUCAACACGGAGGGCUGGCAGGCUAAUAUGAUCUUGGAUGAUGGCGGAGACUUGACUCACUGGGUAUACAAGAAGUAUCCCAGUGUCUUCAAGAAGGUGCGGGGCAUCGUGGAGGAGAGUGUCACUGGAGUGCACAGAUUGUACCAGUUGUCUAAAGCUGGCAAGCUGUGCGUCCCCGCCAUGAAUGUGAACGACUCGGUCACCAAGCAGAAGUUUGACAACCUUUACUGCUGCCGUGAAUCUAUCCUGGAUGGCUUGAAGAGGACCACAGAUAUAAUGUUUGGAGGCAAACAAGUGGUCGUGUGUGGUUAUGGAGAGGUGGGGAAAGGCUGCUGCACGGCUCUAAAAGCCCUCGGAGCCAUUGUGUGCAUCACAGAGAUCGACCCCAUCUGUGCCCUGCAGGGAUGCAUGGACGGCUUCCGAGUGGUCAAGCUGAGUGAGGUCAUCCGGCAGAUGGACGUGGUGAUAACUUGCACUGGUAACAAGAAUGUGGUCACCAGAGAACAGCUUGACCGAAUGAAGAAUGGCUGCAUCGUCUGCAAUAUGGGACACUCCAAUACUGAGAUUGAUGUGGCGAGUCUGCGCAGCCCUGAGCUGACCUGGGAGAGGGUUCGCUCUCAGGUUGAUCACAUCAUCUGGCCCGAUGGGAAGAGGGUUGUUCUGCUUGCAGAGGGCCGCCUCUUAAACCUGAGCUGCUCCACAGUGCCUACGUUUGUGUUGUCCAUCACUGCUACAACUCAGGCUCUGGCCCUGAUUGAGUUGUUCAACGCUCCAGAGGGGCGUUACAAACAGGAUGUGUAUCUCCUGCCCAAGAAGAUGGAUGAGUAUGUGGCCAGUUUGCACCUACCAAACUUUGACGCCCACCUGACAGAGCUCUCUGACGAGCAGGCCAAGUACAUGGGCCUCAACAAGAACGGCCCCUUCAAACCGAACUAUUACAGGUAUUAACGAGAGUGUCUGAUGCUGUGAUCCUCAACAGUUGCCCUGGGAUAAACAGAGAUAUCUAUUUUAUUUUCUAAAUUGCUACAAAAUGGAGGAAUUAUUUUAAUUAUGCUGAAUGUAACUUAUUAAUAGCACUUCAGACAUAGUGUUAAAUAUGAAGAAUAAGACAUGUAGGAAACAUACGCUGUAUAACCAACUAACAUUUUACAUGUCUUGUCGCGUGUUUAAAAGAGAAGCCUGCUUGCAUGCUUUCAUGUGUACGUACUUAUUUACGCUUCUGUUACUAGAUCAUAAAGUUGUUGAUUCGUUUGUUUACCCUAUUUACGCACUGUGCCAAAUGAUGGCCGUAAGAACAGGACAGGUACCAUGUCUAUCUUGUCUGUCGAUGACGUUAAGACUUUAUUAGUACAUUCCACGAGCCGGGGUUUGGGCUGAGCCAAAACAAACUCUGUAUUACAAUGUACAUUAUUUUAGAAAUGUUUGUUUUACAUGCGUUAAUUAAUCUCAUUGAAUGGUAUCUGCAUACACGCCCUAAAAGGUAUCAUCCAGUCACACUUUUUUAUUACAAGUAAAGUGAUGAAAUAUAUCACUUGUUGUUUAUUAUAAGAAUUUAUUAUAGGCUGUGAAAGGCUGAGUGCAUUUUACAUUUCAAACUCUUGGCGUAGGCAUUCAACACUCACCUUAAAAUAAUCCUAAAACACCCACAGCUCCUCCUGAAUAAAUCAAACCAAAGGGAUGUUUUAUGUGCCAACAACAUAUUAAGAUGUUAUGUUAUGUUAAGAAUACCAGGCUGUGUGCAUUCCUAAAAAGGUAGUACUGAAAAACAUAUUUCAAAGUACUAUAACUUCCCUCAUUUAAAACCAAGUUUCCCUCUGAGAUCUGUCUCCCUGAUGAGCAGUCGCUUAUAAAGUGUUCUAACUGGAUAAUACCUUUAAGGCCGUGGUAUGAAUGUGCCUUUUUAAAAUCAUUCGCAACACGUAAAUAUCAGCACUGACCUUAAUUAAAUGAGCAUUCCUCUUUUGUAAAGCCACAUCUAUUAGUGGUGCAUUUCAUGUCUUCCUUCCACUGCUUCAAUUGUAACUCUAAUGUACGAGCUAUAUGUGUUGAGAGAAAAUAUUAGACUUUUAUGUUUGCCAUAUGAUUGUCGCUGUCUUAAUUUGAUCCGACGGGGUCACCUAAAGUAAAAUUUCAUGUGAUCAAAAUGUGUAUACUAUGUAUGUAAAAGAAAUCAGCAAUAAAGAAACUUUUAACAGAGAAAA